GAGGUUAUAAAGAAAGAAAAGAUUAAUCGUGUCCUCCCUCCUCUGGCUACUAACAAUACGUACAUAUUGCAGCUAGCUAUAUAUAUACUAAGUCAAUGGAAGGCCUGUGAGAAGGAGGCUACUAUAUACAGACUACUAUAUAGACAUAAACUGAUUCUGGCACAGAAGUACAAUAAUUAUUACUAACUGUGAAGAUAAAACUGACUCUGCGGUAAAACAAAGAGAAGCAAUGCAUCUGUAAUAAUAUUCAAACUCGAAUCACAACCGACAAUACUCUGAUCAUAGAUAGUAUCUAUGCUCUGAUGUAUCACGAUGGACGGACACACUAAUUCUGAGCAGAUAGACGAUGUCAGUGUGUUGGUCUCUCAGUUACGAGCCCGUGUGAGUAUGUUGGAGAGAGAAAACCAACAAGUCAAGGAGCAUACCAAAAAACAGAGCAGAGAGAUUCAGAUAAUGAAGCAACAAAAAGAAGGGAUUGAGAUACACGAGGGCGAUGUUGAGUCACUGAAAGAAGUCUGUCGUGGUUUGGAGGAGGAGAUCAAAGCUCUCAAGAAGCAGCUGAAAAGCAGUAAUCAAAAGAUCAGGCACCUUGAAGAAGAGAGCAAAGGUCUCACAAAGCAAUUAAGAUACCUUGAAGUGUGUGCAGAAGACUCAAAGAAUUACGAGAAAACAGCGAAGGAAAUGUUUGAAGACGUGGCAACUGAAAAGAAGGCCUUAAUGGCUGAGAAUGAGCAUUUAAAGUCUGAAAGCUCUAACCUUAAGACUCAACUUGAAACUGAACAAGCAAAGUCGAUGACUUACAAGUUAGAUUUCGAUGAUGAAAGGAAAGAUCGAGAAAAAGCUCACAGCCGGUACGCUGACCUUGAGAAAGAAAUGGCAGAACUGAAGAAUGUCACAAGGGCACUAGCAUCAACUGAUGUUACACGAGAUAUAGAGUUAGCCGAUGUAUUGAAACCCUCGUCUCUAGGAGGUGGUGAUGAGAGAGACAGAGAGUUAGAGGAAUGGAGGAAGGAAGCUCUUCAGAGCAGAGAUGAGUUACAGGCCAAGACCAGUCAGGUCAAGGCAUAUAAGAAACAGGUUGAUGAGUACAAGGAGAAGCUUGAACACGCUGAGAAACAGACUUCCGAGGCAUUGCUCGAGCAAGUUACCAACCUAACAUUGGAAAAAGAGCAUUUGGAGGCUCACAGCAGUGAACUGGCGGAGCAAGUGGAGCUGCUCAAUGUGAAAAUCAAUAGCUUAGUGCCUCUUCUCAGAACUGAACUAAAAGCAAGUCUUGAAAAAAAAGUCACGGGAGAAGUUGAUCCGUCCCAUCAGAAAAACCCGGACAACAACGAUGAUAAUAAUGCACCUCCUCUGAGAGCUAGAGACCCGCCUGCUGUCUCACCACACCCUCCAAAUUACUUCCCACCCCAAGAGGCAAUUAACCCGCCCCGUGGUAUAAGAGAACCACCCCCUGUUCUCUACGCUCCACCGCACAACAGCGAUAGAGACUUACAAACUGAUCAAUUUCAUCACCCUCCACUAACGUUCGAUCCUACAAUACCGUCCCGAGAAUACAAUGACCAAGUUUACAGUGAUGAACCGUCCACAAGAUCGGAUAAUCCGACUGACUAUUCAAAUACUGCACACAGAAUGCAUCCACUGCCGGACCAAAACAGUGAAUACUAUUACCUCCCUCAGAACCAACCACCCCCCCUCCCUUCAAACUAUGGCAACCAACAAUCAUAUCCGAUCCAGCAACAGUUUGAACCUCCUUUUCGUAGCAGUCCAGUGCAACCUCUACAGCAACGUAACUAUGAUGGACACUUGAAUCAACCGCAUUCACAACCUAACCAUCAGCAACAAUAUUAUCCUCACGACCAGUACUCUGAAUUAGAGAAGCCAUAUCCUCAGCUGGCCGGAAAUUUCGAAACUAAUUCGCAGGGUCAGAAUCAACCUUCACCACAAAACAGUAGCUCACACAAUGACAAAUUAGAAUCAAACCCAACCCCCUUUCAUAACGUCCCACAAUCAGAUACGAUCAGCAUUCAACCGUCUCCUCAAGAAACAGUUACACCACCACACUCGAUCCCCUCGCAAGCUAGCCAAACAUCUGGCAGUCACAUUUCCAAUCCAGAAGCCCAAGAACAACUCAAUCUGAACCGUACCGAACUUCUGGUCAAACCCAACGUCCUUCAGGAGGGCAUAGAUCGAGAGAUUAGUGAGGCGGCUGCUGUGGUGAGUCAGGUGACGAGGGAGGAAGGAGAGAGGGAGGGUGCUCCACUAGACCCCAACCUGAUCUGUCCAAUGUGUAUGAAGCAGUAUCGCAUCGGAGAGAUACAACUGUACAGAGCUCACGUCAACAAGUGCGAUGGAACAAGACAAUAAACUUCACUUCUAUAAUUUCAUUUUGUGAUAAUUGUCUUUGUUUAUUGUCAAGAGUUCAUUAUGA